UGUCACCCGGCGAACUCGACUUCAACGAGCUGCACAUCCCGAGCCCCUUCCUCGGCCCGCACAACAAUGCCGGGAGCUCAUCCCAGGUCUCUGGCCAGCCCUCGCAGGGCUCUGGCAACUCUCAUGGUAUGACGUCGUCGAGCAAGCGGCGCACUACAUCUUCGAGCGGCGACGAGUCCGCCUCCCAGAGCAAGCCCGCGCGCAAGCGGCAGAUACGCACCCCGCCCGUUGGGCCGUCGACAAGUAGCAGGAGGGGCAGCAUUCGCGGCGGCACGCGGUCGGCGAACUCGACGCCCCUCUUCCCGCCGACGACGUCGACGAUGCGGCCGAGCCCCGUGCAGCGCAGCUUCCACGGGUCCGGCGACGUGCCCGGCGAUACGCCAUCGCCGGUCGAUCCGCCGAUGCCGCCCCCGGCCCACCCUGCGUCCUACGCCCCGCCGUCAAAUGCGUCGACGUCCUCGGUGUCCCCGCCGCUGCCUCCCACGCCCACCUCCGCCGCUGGUUCGCAGACGCCGAGUCAGAUCGCCCCAGUCACGCCGGCGAGCAUGCUGAAGCUGGGGCGGCUGGCGGUCAGUAGCUCGCUUGUUCAGCAGCCCAGCACGCAGGACGGCGCCACGGGCCAGAACCCGAGGGAGGGCAGGAUAUCGACCCGGUCUACUGCGUCCAAAGGGAAGGCCGUGGACAAAGUCGCUAACGGCACGCUGACAAGCCCCGCUCUCAAGCCAAUCCGCCCAGCUGGCAACGCGGUGAUGACGCCGAUGGCGGCCUCGCCUACGUCACCGUUCUCGCAGCCCGGUAUGGUCGUGCGCAAGACGUCACACAAGGCGGCGGAGCAAAAGCGGCGCGACUCGCUCAAGACGUCCUUUGACGACCUCCGCAUCCUCCUCCCGCCGAUCCCGCUCCCGUCCGAGGAGGGCUUCCCCGACGAGCCGCUCCUGCCCGGGGCGAUGCCGCCCCGCGGACCGCCGAAGGGCAACACCGAGGGCCCGAACCGUGGCGUCAGCAAGCUGCAGCUGCUGCGCUGCGGAAACGAGUUCAUCAAGGUGCUCCAGGGCCGCAUCGAGCGGCGCGACGACGAGAUCGUGCGCCUGCGGCAGGAGGUGCGCCGGCUACGCGAGGUCGCAGGCGAGGACACCACCGAGGCGGUCGAGGGCCAGGAGAUGAUCGACCUUGAGCGGGACCUCGACGCGUGCGAGGUCUCGACGGGGCGCAUAUUCGGCCGGGCGAGGGCGUCGUCGAUCACGGAGGGCGACGGAGACGAAGACGGAGAUUAUUGAGGUGAAGUAUCUAUGAAGGCAGGCUCGGACAGAUAGCAAUGAAACGCGUUGUACUUAUUCCCUUCUGGGCGUUCUUGCUGGGGCUACUAUUAUAUAGACGAAUAGAAAGUAUGUCGAGAUGUAUUGUUAGUUACCGCCUGUUGGCCAUAUGCCUAUCCUUAAAAGCACGUCCGCUGCGUAGCAUACCC